AUGGACAAGAGUACAUGGUGCAGGAUACAGGAUACAGGAUCAAUCGAUUAUAAAGAACAAGGUGAGUUAAGGCGCUACAAACAAGGCCCGAUCGAUCAAGGGUCCACUUUUCCUCGUUUCAAGCCAGUAAGUGCCCACCGCCAUCGAGGCCGGCCAGUUGGCUGGCUUGCUGGCCGACUGGCCAGGCUGCAUCAAAUUGCCGGCCUAGUUGUGUUUUUUUUCGUGCCGAUCGAUACUGCCCAGGAUUGUCUGCCCUCGUUCACUGGCCACCGUCGGCCUGGCGGUGUUUCAGUCCCUGUUCUGCGUCUGCGCCAGGCGCGUAAUGCGGAUCGGGCCGACUUUGGCGCACUUCGAAUGCGCCGCAGGCCGUUCACGCGCUCGGUGCAUGUGGCAGGCGCCCCGAUCUGA